GCAAGAGCCGCAUGAAUGAGAGAAACGUGCCCAGCGCGAGACGUCGUGCGCGCCCAGGACAGGGAGCCAAUGGGAACGCUGGAAGGGUUCGAGACCCGGCACUAAGGGCAACGGCCGCGCGCCGGCUCGAAGACGAGCGUCGCUGAGCGGGAGCGCGCAAAGCAGGGCGGGCGUGGAGCGUGCGGGGGCCGCGCGCUGCCUCUCAGAGGCCGGACGGCACUGCUGAGAGGCGGUAGCGAUAACGAAGGCAGCGGUGACGGGAACCGCUCCGAGGGUGAGGCACUGUAACCCAGUUGACUUCUGCAUUCAGACAGCCCAAGAUUGAAGAACAAAGAUCAGAGACUUUGCCUAACCUGGAAACAGGGACCUCUUUGGAACUUCGCUUUCAUCUACAGUAACCUUUAAAAAGCAUCAAGUGGAAUUGAUUCUUCAUCUUAUUUUGUUUAUUGGGAAGAACAUGGCCUCAGGGAUUUUAUGUUUCCCUUUAGUUUUACAUGAACUCUCUAGGAAACAGAGCCCUUAAAGGGCUUGGGAAUAACAAGAAGAGAUUGAAGACAGACAAGCUUGCUCUCUAUCUGUUUUCCCUCCCCCUUCAAAGAAAAGGAUUUACAACUCAAUCUUGUAACAGCUGCUGCCCAGCUUUAGCCAUCAAGAGAAAAUAAAUAAAAUUAAACCACCAUCGCCAGACUACCAGCUCUGAAGUCAAGGAGUGGUGGCAUUAAGAAAACUGCCAAAAAGACAAGGACUGCAGUAAAAACAGCUUCUCUUUAAAGCUGGAAAGGGGCCCCAGGUUCCUUCUUGGAUUAAAAUAGAAACACAGAGCACACCUCUUUGGUGCACUCAUAUUUUGUGGAAGUGUAGUAGUUGUAGAGGUACAACGGUAUCUCUUCAGAAGAAUUUUUCCUUGCCCAAAGUGUUCUGCCCUACCCUGGUCUUCUCCCAUUCUUUCCUUUUGAAGACUUACCUCCAUCCAUGAGCUAUUCCUUGAUCUGUCUGGCUGCCUGUGUUCUCUGCCUGCAACCAUUUGCAUGUGUACAGCCUCCUGUUUGUCUCCAGUUUUUAAACUGUGCAAGUUGUGUUUCUUAAUCUCUUCUUCUGCCUCGUUCUGGGGAGGUGGUUACUCAUUAUUUGAAAUCACCUUUCCCCCUCCCAUGUGCUUUCCUUCAUUUGAGAUCUUUUGACCUUUGGUUUUAUUUGGGAGGGGGAAGGGUGAUAAUUUAAAAUUUCCUCUUUCCCUGGUGUCCUGUGCUCUUAUCUCCGUUGUUGCCCUCAUCCCGUUUUCUUGUCUGUUCUGCCGUUGUGUGGGCCUGGGCUAUGCGGCAGGGCAGAUCUCCCAUCAGACCUCCAACAUGCCCGCAGAGUCUGGAAAGAGAUUCAAACCCAGCAAGUAUGUUCCGGUCUCAGCAGCCGCCAUCUUCUUAGUGGGAGCUACGACCCUCUUCUUUGCCUUUACCUGUCCAGGACUAAGCCUCAAUGUGUCACCUGCAGUGCCCAUCUACAAUGCGAUUGUUUUUCUCUUUGUGCUGGCCAACUUCAGCAUGGCCACCUUUAUGGACCCAGGGAUUUUCCCUCGAGCUGAGGAGGAUGAAGAUAAGGAAGAUGACUUCCGAGCUCCCCUUUACAAAACAGUGGAAAUCAAGGGCAUCCAGGUGCGCAUGAAAUGGUGUGCCACCUGCCGCUUCUACCGUCCUCCUCGAUGUUCCCACUGCAGUGUCUGUGACAAUUGUGUGGAGGAAUUUGAUCAUCACUGCCCCUGGGUGAACAACUGUAUUGGUCGCCGGAACUACCGUUAUUUCUUCCUCUUCCUCCUUUCCUUGACAGCGCACAUUAUGGGUGUGUUUGGCUUUGGCCUCCUUUAUGUCCUCUACCACAUGGAAGAACUCUCAGGGGUCCGCACGGCUGUCACAAUGGCAGUGAUGUGUGUGGCUGGCUUAUUCUUCAUCCCUGUAGCCGGCCUCACGGGAUUUCACGUGGUGCUGGUGGCUAGGGGACGCACAACCAAUGAACAGGUUACGGGUAAAUUCCGGGGAGGUGUGAACCCCUUUACCAAUGGCUGCUGUAACAAUGUCAGCCGUGUACUCUGCAGUUCCCCAGCGCCCAGGUAUUUGGGGAGACCAAAGAAAGAGAAGACCAUUGUAAUCAGACCUCCCUUCCUUCGACCAGAAGUGUCAGAUGGGCAGAUAACUGUGAAGAUCAUGGACAAUGGCAUCCAGGGAGAGCUGAGGAGAAGUAAGUCUAAGGGAAGCCUGGAGAUUACAGAGAGCCAGUCCGCAGAUGCUGAACCUCCACCUCCUCCUAAGCCGGACCUGAGCCGUUACACGGGGCUACGAACACACCUCAGCCUGGCUACUAAUGAGGAUAGCAGCCUCUUGGGCAAGGACAGCCCCCCCACACCUACGAUGUACAAGUAUCGGCCAGGCUACAGUAGCAGCAGCACAUCAGCCGCCAUGCCUCAUUCUUCCAGCGCCAAGUUGAGUCGUGGUGAUAGCUUGAAGGAGCCAACCUCAAUUGCAGAGAGCAGCCGCCAUCCCAGCUACCGCUCAGAGCCCAGCUUGGAACCAGAGAGCUUUCGUUCUCCUACUUUCGGCAAAAGCUUUCACUUCGAUCCACUGUCCAGUGGGUCACGCUCGUCCAGCCUCAAGUCGGCCCAGGGCACAGGCUUUGAGCUGGGCCAGCUGCAGUCCAUUCGUUCAGAGGGCACAACCUCCACCUCCUAUAAGAGCCUGGCCAACCAGACACGCAAUGGAAGCCUAUCUUAUGACAGCCUGCUCACUCCUUCAGACAGCCCUGAUUUCGAGUCAGUGCAAGCAGGGCCUGAGCCAGACCCGCCUUUAGGCUACACCUCUCCCUUCCUGUCAGCCCGGCUGGCCCAGCAACGGGAAGCCGAGAGGCACCCACAUUUGGUGCCAACCGGCCCAGCACAUCGAGAGCCCUCACCAGUCCGGUACGACAAUCUGUCGCGCCAUAUUGUGGCCUCCCUCCAGGAACGAGAGAAGCUGCUACGCCAGUCACCCCCGCUCCCAGGCCGCGAGGAAGAACCAGGCUUGGGGGACUCAGGCAUUCAAUCGACACCAGGCUCAGGCCAUGCCCCUCGUACUAGUUCCUCCUCAGACGAUUCGAAGCGAUCACCUUUGGGCAAGACUCCACUGGGACGCCCUGCUGCCCCCCGUUUUGGCAAGCCAGAUGGGCUCAGAGGCCGGGGACUAGGGUCCCCUGAACCAGGUCCAACUGCCCCAUACCUGGGCCGAUCUAUGUCUUACAGCAGCCAAAAAGCCCCACCUGGCGUCUCUGAGACGGAGGAAGUGGCCUUGCAGCCGUUACUGACACCAAAAGAUGAAGUACAGCUCAAGACCGCCUACAGCAAAUCCAACGGGCAGCCCAAGAGUAUAGGCUCAGCCUCCCCUGGCCCCGGACAGCCACCUCUCAGUAGUCCCACAAGGGGAGGAGUCAAGAAGGUGUCAGGAGUAGGUGGCACCACCUAUGAGAUUUCGGUGUGAGCCUUCGGCACCUCCCCUCCCCCACACCUCUGCGCCUACACCAAAGGG